AUGCAGCAGUUUAAAUUCAUGUCGGGACUGCGCGGACCUGACGCUAAGUUUGCCGACGACCGACAAGUCAAGACGGUUGGCGAAGCGAAGAAGUCUGUGGAAAACGCGAAAAAGGCUUCAGGCGAAGGGAGGAAGCUCCUCCGCGCGCUGAUGCGAGGAAGGUUUGACGAAGCUGCUUCCCUAGCAACGGCUCCGAUCGCAGAACACGGGGUUCGGGACGCCAAGGAAACGGCUCCCGUGUUUAUUCGCGCGGCUGCGACGGCCACUGCAACCGCCAUAGGUCUCAGCAUCGUGACCGCCGCGCCUUGCCUCCCCACCGUCUCCCCGGCCUCCGCCGCCGCUUUCAACCGCGUUGCUGACGUGGCGGCGGCGGGGCUGCCGGCGGAGGUUCUGCCGCCGAUCGCGGCGGUGAAUACGGGCGACGUGUGGCCGUCGCUGUACCAUUCGGCUCAAUUCUUCUCGUCGUUCCGCCCGCUGCCAGUUCCGAUCACGUUUGACGAAGGAAGCUUCGCGGAUCGAUCGGGCUUUGCCGCGCCGCCGUUAGUGUACACUUACCCCUCCGCUGACGUCACGAGUGACGCGUCGGUGGGGAUUAGGAACGAGCCGCUAACGGCUCCUGCAGUCGCUGAAUCGUCGGCAGUUCCGGCAUCCCUGCCGGCUAAUCUACCGGCUGCACUACCGGCCGCCCUACCCGCUUCUCUCCCGGCCGGAAAUUUCGCGUUGCCCGCACCAUCCGCUGCGGUUUUGCGCGUGCCCCCUUCCGGGGCUGCGGUGCCCAGUGCGCCCGUGGCGCUCCAAUUCUCCGCCGCUCCCCCUGCGUCCGUGGAUGCGGGAAAGGAUGCGCCCGGUUCCGCGGGCGCGGUUGGUGAUGUGAUUUUCGGCGUCAAUUUGUCCGUGUUAAAAGCCGCCUUCGGAACUGUGUUUAAGCUCUUCGGCAUCUGCGGUAAGUUUCUUCCAUCUUCUCUUGUUUCCUUCUGCAUCCCUCCUGCUCUCUCUCGCCGCUCUGGCUCUCUGCAGGUGGCCGCCACUCUUUCUGGCGAGUCUCUCUCAGCCCUCGCAGUGUUGCCGCUCAUCGCCAUUCUCCAGGUCCUGGUAGGCACUGUGUUGGGCAAGGCUGCGUGCCUCGUGGCUUUCCACAAGCCGUCGUCACUGCUGCCCUCCGCUGCCCUGCUUCCCUCUCUUGUUACCGGCAACAGCGGCAGCAGCAGCAACUUGAAGCACAGCGACGGAAGCAGCAGAGAAAACCACACUGAGCUUGUCGCCACUGCUGCCGAACCAACAGCAACGGCAGCAACAGUAUCAACAACACUAGCAGCGGCAGAAGCAGCGGCGGCUGCACUGCGAACCAAGGAGUCGGUGGUAACGGCAGUGUGUGCAUUCAGCAACUCGCUCUCGCUGCCUCUGGUGUUCCUCACGGCGCUGCUCAGCCAGGUGGAUGGUGACAGGGCGGCCGGCUACCUUGCGCUCUUCAUGAUGGGCUGGCAGCCGGCUCUGUGGACGAUUGGCUACAGCAUUCUCAAGGACGCGGGCAAGCCCGCUGGUGGUGGCAGCAGCAGCAGCAUCAAGGCAACUGCGGCUGGUGUCGGUGAUGCUGUUGCUGCUGGUGGUGUUGGGGGCGUGCGUGCGUGGGUGAGCAACGCCGUGGAGUGUGUCUCUGGUGUUGCCAAGAAGGUGUUCAACCCGCCCAUGUAUGGGGUUCUUGUGGGAGUGGUUAUCGGCACCACUCCGCUCGGCCAUUUCUUCCUGCCGGCUGCUGCCGAUACUUCUGCGGCUGCUACAGCCGCCGCUGCUGGCUCAGGCGACCUGCUGUCUUCUCUCCUCGGCCCUGCUACAGCCGGAGUGCUGCACCCGCUGUUUGGGGCAGCAGGCAUGCUGGGGGGAGCAUGCGUCCCUGUGCAAACCAUCGUCCUCUCCUCCUCCCUUGCGGACGCCCUCCCUGCCAACCUCUCCUGGCCGAAAUUCCUCCCCGCACUCCCCAACCUGCCCACUCCUCCCAACCCCUUCGCAAACCUCCAAAAGUCCCUCUCUGCCAAAUUCCCUGCCCCUGUCUUCCCUGCUGCCCGCCUAGUUCCCCAUCAGCCCUUCCUUGGAAACUCUCUUCUAGCUGCUUCCUACUCCACUGCUGCUGCGGCUGCAGUCACAGCGUCAGCUGCUUCAGCAUCUGUCCUAGCGAUUCCAGUGCAAGGGAGGGUGGAGAGGGGCGUGGAGAGGGGUGAGGAUGGGUUGAAGGAAGUACGGUCGUGUGAGGCAGAGAGCAACACGGAGGCGGUGGGAGGGGUGGCGAUGAUGGGGGGUGGGGACGCUACAGGUGCGCUAGAGGUGACAGGCCUAGAGGCGCUGGAAUUAGAAAUGGAUCUGAGCAUGGGACAGGGUGCUGCCAUGCACCUGGAACGACCGAAUGCUGAUGCCGCUGCGGCAGCAGCAGCAGCGGAAGAGGAAGAAGCAGUAUCUAUUAGUCCGUUGAGCUCCAAGACCCGUCCACUCGCGGGAGUGCUCGCCUCACUCAUGCUUCGACAGUACGCCCUGGCCAUGCUACCAAUCACCAUCUGGGUAACCGUUUUCCUCACAAUCCUCAACAUCCCCAUGUGA